AUGGAGCCGGAGGAGUACAGGCGGAGAGGGAAAGAGAUGGUGGAUUACAUCUGCCAGUACCUGAACAGCGUGAGAGAGAGACGGGUUACUCCUGACGUGCAGCCAGGCUACAUGAGAGCCCAAUUGCCAGAUUCUGCCCCAAUGGAUCCAGACAGCUGGGACAACAUCUUUGGAGACAUAGAGAAGAUUAUUAUGCCUGGGGUAGUCCAUUGGCAGAGCCCGCAUAUGCACGCCUACUUUCCAGCUCUCACUUCUUGGCCUUCACUUCUGGGAGAUAUGUUGGCUGAUGCAAUUAACUGCUUGGGAUUCACUUGGGCCUCCAGUCCAGCCUGCACAGAACUGGAAAUGAACGUGAUGGAUUGGCUGGCUAAAAUGCUGGGCCUUCCGGAUAAAUUCCUGCACCACCAUCCCAACAGUGUGGGAGGAGGAGUAUURCAGAGCACUGUGAGUGAAUCAACUUUGGUUGCACUGCUAGCAGCAAGGAAAAACAAGAUCUUGGAAAUGAAAGUUUCUGAGCCAGACACUGAUGAGUCCUCACUCAAUUCUCGUCUUGUCGCUUAUGCAUCUGAUCAGGCACAUUCUUCUGUAGAAAAGGCUGGCUUGAUUACUCUUGUGAAGAUGAAAUUUCUGCCUGUAGAUAAGAACUUUUCCCUCAGAGGUGAAACUUUGAUGAAAGCCAUUGAAGAAGACAGAAACAAAGGCCUAGUACCUGUUUUUGUUUGUGCAACUUUGGGCACAACUGGUGUCUGCGCUUUUGACAAUCUCUCAGAACUGGGUCCAAUUUGUGAUGCUGAGGGGCUCUGGCUUCAUAUUGAUGCUGCAUAUGCAGGAACAGCAUUUGUAUGUCCUGAAUUUCGGUUGUUCUUGGAUGGAAUUGAAUAUGCAGAUUCCUUUACUUUCAAUCCUUCGAAAUGGAUGAUGGUUCAUUUUGACUGCACUGGAUUUUGGGUUAAAGAUAAAUACAAGUUACAUCAAACCUUCAAUGUUAGCCCCGUCUACCUCAGGCAUCCCAAUUCGGGAGCUGCUGUCGAUUUCAUGCACUGGCAAAUUCCACUAAGUCGUCGAUUUCGUUCUUUGAAGCUGUGGUUUGUGAUUCGUUCAUUUGGAGUGAAGAAGCUUCAGGAUCAUGUCCGGCAUGGCACUGAAACAGCCAAAUUCUUUGAAUCUUUGGUUAAAAGUGAUCCGCUCUUUGAAAUUCCUGCCAAGAGACAUCUUGGACUGGUUGUGUUUCGUUUAAAGGGUCCCAACUGGCUGACAGAAGAGCUCCUCAAAGAACUGAGCAGUUCUGGCAGGCUUUUCCUUAUUCCAGCAACCAUUCAUGACAAGUUCAUCAUUCGUUUUACAGUAACAUCUCAGUUCACCACCAGGGAGGAUAUUCUGCGAGACUGGAACAUCAUUCAACAAACUGCAGCCCGAAUCGUUCGCUGCUGUUACGUGUCGCACUGCAUCCCUUCCAGCGACAGGGCAAGAACCCCCAGUGUGAUAGUUAAGCCUAGUUCUGAUGCCACUGCUAGUGCUUCUCAGUGUUAUCCAGAUGUAGGGGAACACAAAACACCUUCCAGAAAAAUAGUAGUUCAGCCUAAGAAGUUUGCAGUAAGUCCCAGUUCAUGUGUGAUUAACCAACAAGUGGAGGAUCAAGGGGAUCCUUCAGAUGACUGUUUUCCAGAAGAUGCCCAACAGGCUACCAAGCAUAAGUUAAGCUCCUUCUUAUUCAGCUAUUUAUCUGUUCAAGGUAAGAAAAAGACGGCACGUUCCCUUAGCUGCAACAGUGUGCCAAUGACUGGUGCUCCUGAGCAAUGCAACCCCAAGGCAGGAUCCACUGACAAGAAAGAGUCUCAUACAAAUGCCAAAAUCCUUUCUAGGCUGCCUGAGGAGGUGAUGAUGCUCAAAAAAAGUGCCUUCAAAAAACUAAUCAAGUUUUACAGUGUUCCAAGCUUCCCAGAGUGUAGCAUUCAGUGUGGCCUUCAUCUGCCUUGCUGUCCUCUGCAAGCUAUUGUUUAAUAAGUGAAAGAGUUUGG